CAGCCUCCUGUUGCCGUUGAAUUGAGCAAGUGGUUGUUUACCGGUAACCUAGUUUAUUUAAACAGAUGGCCCAAAACUACAGAUGAGUCGCAAAAGAACACUUCUGCCAGAUAUAUACAAACACAAGAAAAAAUGUGUUCGACCAGCUCAGUCUGAAGAAAAUGGAGAUUUCAGUGACAAUGCCCUCAUGAAUGGGUUGCCAACGGAUACAGAAGCAUCUCUACUUUAUCUGAAGAAUUUGUUUCCUGGUGACAAGUUUGAUGACCGUCUUCCACCAAUAAUUUUCAAACACCAGUUGUACAGUAUUGUGAAAAACAGGACUACAGUUGAUAAGCAUGUGGGUGACCUCCGAAGCAGUGGGGAAAUCAAAGUGUUUAAACUGGGCGCUGAUGCCAACGACCUGUGUGUUGUGUUUGCUCAUGACUAUGAAACUCACAUUCUCCACGUCAUGAAAGAUCUGCAUGUACAUAAUCAUAUAAUAGAAAAAUUCUUACGGGUUGUGAAGAACUGUAAUGAUGUGAGUCUUGACAAGGAUACAUUGAUGAAGGACUUCCGCUUUAAGGAUGAAGAAAUCACGCAACUUGUCAAGUCGUCAGUGCUCACAGUCCGAGAUGUUGGCAGCUGGUGGUUGUCCAUCCCCAAUGCUGGUGUGUUUAUGAAGAACUUCAUGAGAGGAAGGAAAGCUCUGUUGACAAUGAUACGCAAAUGCAAAUACAGGGAAAUACUCCAACAGGAUCUUGAACAGAGGAAGUGGCCAAAGCUGGCUCGCCUUGGGAUCUUGUAUCACAUACAUGAUGUUAUCGGAGCUGACCUGGUGGAGAGCGUACAGACAACGUCAGGGAACUUACUGCGACUGAAAGACUGAAUCUGAAAUGAAGAGAGUAUGUACAACUGAAAUAUGAUGAGGAUGAGGAUGAACAAAGGAAUGCUAGAUGUACAGUUUUUGCUGACUUUUCUAGUAAUGUUAUUAUUUUAAUUUGGAUUGUUAGAUUGUGCAUUUAGUUCUGUUCUAGUCAAGCUUUCCCUCCUGUCUACCUUGAUAUUGGCAUAAACAGACCAUGGAGAUGUGAAACAUGGGUACUACAGUUGAACUGUUAUAUUGGGUAACUGUUGCAUAUUGAUGCUAUUUCUCUCUGUUUGUAUUUAUCACUGUGAUCAGAAAAACAAUGCUGAGAGACAUCUUGGUGCUUUCAUGUAGGGAUGUCACGAUGAGCGACCUCACAUGUCGAUACAUAUCACGAUACUUUUGCCAAGAUACAAUUAGUAUUGUGAUACUUUAUUUGUGCCAUUUCUGGGGCUGUCGGGUAGCCUAGUGGUUAAAGCGUUCGCUCGUCAAGCCGAACACCCGGGUUCGAUUCCUGACAUGGGUACAAUGUGUGAAGCCCAUUUCUGGUGUCCCCCGCCUCGAUAUUGCAGGAAUAUUGCUAAAAGCGGCGUAAAACCAUACUCACUCACUCACUUGUGCCAUUUCUGCAUGAAAUUCUCCGUUUUCCUUGUGGUCCGGCAAAUGAGGUUAUUGCUAUGAAUGUGUUUACAUGGUGAGGUGAGGUGAAAUGGGGUUUAAUGUCGCGUCCAAGAUUAUUGCACUUGUAUAUCGACGUGCAUGCACGUGUGUGUGUGUGUGUGUGUGUGUGGCUGCUUGUACUUGUCCGGAAUGAU